CAUCUCCCGGAAUGAUAGCCGCUGAGUUGUGGAAACAACUUGACUAAUCCAUCAUGUGACUCAUAUCUAUAAUCACCCUGUUAUGAAGAACACCCUCAUAACCUACCCCACCCUGAAGAGAACAUCUCCACAGAAGGAAUGCGGUAGGCGAGGGAACGGGUGAAAGGUAGAGAGAGAACAGAAGCCCUUCAAGGUCAUCAGCAGCACUAUAAAUACCCAGCUGAACCCUGGCAGGCAGAGGAGCCAGGCGAGAACAGGAGCAGAAAGAAGCUGAAGAGUUGAAAGGGAGCAGAGAAGGUUUCAAGCUCCCAGCAGUACAAUGUCGGUGGUCGGUGCCCAGCCUUUCCUGAAGCCCAUGCACCCUCCUUCCCCGGCAUCGCCAGGCCUGCAGCGACGCCACACGUUGCCCGCCAGCGAGUUCCGCCCGCUCAACACACAGGACGCCAUCAGCGUGUUUGAGAUUGAGAGAGAAGCUUUCAUCUCCGUGUCGGGGGAGUGUCCGCUGCACCUGGACGAGGUGCGUCACUUCCUGACUCUGUGCCCAGAGCUGUCCAUGGGCUGGUUUGAGGAGGGCCGACUGGUCGCUUUCAUCAUCGGCUCUCUGUGGGACCAGGACAGGCUGACUGUUGACGCCCUGACCCUCCACCGUCCCCAGGGCACCACGGUCCACAUCCAUGUGCUGGCGGUGCACCGUACGUUCCGGCAGCAGGGCAAGGGCCCCAUCCUGCUGUGGCGCUACCUGCAGUACCUGCGCUGCCUUCCCGCCGUGCGGCGCGCCACACUCAUGUGUGAGGACUUCCUGGUUCCCUUCUACCGCAAGUCUGGUUUCAAGGUCCGGGGGCGCUGUGCCAUCAGUGUGGCCAGCCUCACCUUCACAGAGAUGCAGCACUGCAUCAGCGGACACGCCUUCAUGAGGCGCAACAGCGAAGCCAUCGGGUUCUCUCAGAAUCCCUUGCUGCUGGCCAGACCACAGAACUCAGAGCCUCUGGAUUUGUGAGGUGAGGAGGGGAGCGAAGGGGUGAGGAGGGGAACAAGGGGUGAGGAGGGGUGAGGAGAUGAGAGAAGGGGUGAAGAGAGGAGCGAAGGGGUGAGGAGGAGAGUGUGCUGUAACUGGUUUGGGUAAAGAGGGUAGGGCAGCACCUGACAUGAUACAGUCCAUUACGUUAAGCUGUAAUCACAUCCAUAAUAUAUGUAUAUACAGUAUAAUAAUUUAAUUACAAUAUCUGGUAUUAUUAGGUUUAAUAGUGUAGGUAAAAACAAAAAACAAGUUAGUUUGUGAAUAGCUUUGACAGAGAGAAACUUAAAACGACGACCGCAACCCUAACUCAACCAGUGCACUAACAAGGUGUUUAGUGAUGUAUACUGUAAUACAGUAGCCCAACAUAGCUACAGUGCUGUAACAGGUGUAAUAACUGUGUAACAGGUUAGAGUCUGCCUGUGUGCUGGUGGAGUUAAGACUGUGGUGAGUAGCAGAACUAUCUGGUGAAUAAUUAGGGCUCAGUGUAGUGUAUCUUCUGUACAGAAUGACAGCAACGCUGCUCUGUAUUUCUGUACCAACUGAAUAUUCGGACCUAUCCAGCAAUGUAUAAUCUAAAUACUGUUUACUGAUUGUUUAUAUAUUUGUUUACUAGCCCUUGUAGAAGUUAGUGUAAGUAUAGGUAGACCAGUGUGGAAGGGAUGAAGGGAUGAGUUUAGUGACAGUGUAGCAGUAUUAGGCUGUAUUCUAAUCUCCAUCAUAACUCUGAUGUCAGAGGAGCUGCAUCACCUGUGUGUGUUAGGUGUGACAUCUUGUGAUAGUAACCAGUAACCAGAUAUAUUUUAAAAAUGUGAUUCUCUGAAUAGAGUGAAAGUGCAACAUGAACGUAUAUAAACUAUAAACAUGUUUUAUACUGUUUUAUAAGUAGAAAAUGUGAUAAUAAAGUUCUUGAUUUGG